CACGUAGUCGGCGUCGGUUGCAGCACACAGAGAGUUCGGCGAGCUUUUCAGAUCUGAAGUCCUUUCUGUAAGAUUACUCCAUCGUCACCAUGGACACCAUGAAGUCAGGGUUCCAGCACCAGCCCGCCAAAAUCGCCAUGAUUGCGGGAGCCUGGGUCUCCUACAUCAUCAUGGUCAUCUUUAACGCCAUUUCCGCCAGCGGGAUCGACAGAAAUCUGUUCAACAGCACCCAGCGUCAGAUAUCCGACAGGUACUACAACGACUUCGUCCCUGCGGGUUGGACCUUCUCAAUCUGGGGCUUCAUCUACGCCUGGAACGCGCUGUGGCUCCUCUACGUCAGUUCAACCAUCUUCAGGAAGACCGACCAGGGCUACGUGUACAUCGUGGCCGAUCUGCUGCCCUGGUACUUCUUCGCCGCCUGGUACCUCAACAACAUCGUCAACGUCAUCUGGCUGUUCGUCUUCGACUUAGAGUUGCUCAUAGCGUCUGUUGUAGUCGUAUCUCUUGUCCCUUUUACUCUGUACAUCUGCAUGAUUGCCUCGUAUCGUCAGGUGGACAGGCGCGGCGUGUGGUUGACGGAGAAUCUGCCGGUAGAUCUCUGGCUCACUCGCGCGUUUGUCCACAACGGGUUGGCCAUCUACGCCACUUGGACAACCAUCGCCACCAUUCUCGGUCUCGGCAUCGCUCUCAUCUACCCGGGCGGGCUCGACAACACCGACGUCUGCACUGCCAUGUUUGCCCUUCUCCUGUUCGAAGUUCUGGUCUGGUUUGCCCUUGAGAACUUCGUCCUUGACCGCUUCUGUCGCUACACCCUGGUGACCUGGGUGGUUGUGAUCAUGGCGCUUGUCGGGAGCCUGGUGGAGCAUUGGGGGCCGGAGAAGAGGAACAGCAUCUUUACGGCUGUUCUCCUGGGCCUGGCCUUGUUCCUCUUCCUGGUUCGCAUCUGCCUUGUUGUCUAUCGCCACUGCAAACACCCCCUGUACAAGAAGCACAUCUUUCCCAGUACGGUAGAGGGUAAAAGCAACGGCACUUUCUCCAUGACUUAGCUUUCAUUCCCACUGGAUCUCUAUCUCCAAAUGUUCUUCUGUAGCUAUCCUUUUUCGCACAUUCAAAAUUCAAUGGAAUUCAUUGUAGAAAUUGAUGUUCAAGCAUUCGACCAAAUUCUUUAGGUCAUUAUUCUACCUAUCAUUAAUAUUGAAAAAUUGUUGCAGUUCCCUGUGUGUCAAUUGUUAAAGAUUUAAUUCAUUGUUGUAUAUAUUACAAUAUUUAAUAUAUACCUUAAGUAUGAUUAUGUUGCUUCAUUGCAUGUGCACAUAACAAGCCAUAUAACGAUAUGAAUUUGUACACUAGCGACAACUGAUACCAUUUCAGUGUUUUCAAUCUUUGGACAUAAUAAUGACUGUGACACUCAUAAUGAUGUGAUGCUGUUUUGUUAUCAAAUGUGCUGUGUCGUUUUCCAUUGAAUGACUCUGUUGCAAUUGUUAUUGAUGUUACUACCUAACCCAGAUGUGUGUUAAUGCAAAUGGCCUACAGGCCUACCUACCUACCUAUUUAGGUAGCUAGAUAGUAGGUAGGUUAAAAAGUACAUAGUUGUACUCAUAUAUUUGUUGCAAUUGUUAUGAGAAAGUAAAUGUAUAAAAUCUCUGUAUACUUGAAAGGAAAGGUCCAAAAUUAUGGUCGUCAAUCUACCUGUAUGUCUUUAUCAAUAUAGCUUUUGUAUACUCAUGUGCAGAUCACAAUAAAUACACUG